AUGGCAGCGUCGAGACGUGCGCAGAUCCAGGCGCUGUGCGGCGUGCGCACGGGUCCGCUGAUCGACCGAGUCGAGUCGUACCUUGCUGCGGUCGACAUCUGGUCGCGCCGAGGCAACGCCAAGGCGGUCAAGAAUGCGGGCACGGGUGUGGUUGCGGUGUGCUGCUAUCUGGCAGCCGAGAGUUUGGAGGCGCGCAUUCCGGAUCGAUCGUCUGCGAUCCGAGCGAGCGGCUUGACGCCCGAAAAGUUCGGGGCUGCCGAGCGCGACUUUCGCACGGCGGUGCAGUCGGUCUCGACGGCAUCGGCACAGGCGCUGUCGGGCCCAUCCGACGCCGCGACGAGUGCAUUUGCAGCCAGCUUGGGUGCGGCGCCUACACCGAAUGCCGCUCGUCCUCCGCCUCUGGCCAAGACGUCGGUCGCGACAGGCACGAGUCAGGAAGCGCUGCUGGCAAAAGCUCAGGCAGUUCAAGCCGGCAGUCUGUUUGAUCGGACCAUGCGAUCGGCGCCCGAGACCAGUCCGAGCAAGAUGCCUUCAAGAGCUGCAGCGACUCCAGUAGAUACCAACGAUGCAGCCACGCUGGCGCAGCAAGGUUCGCCGUCGAACGGUGCGUCGGCAGAGCAGCGCAGCGGAACAAGAGCGGUGGGGAUCGCAUCGGAGUUGCGGCCGAGACGCUUGAAGCGCAGAAGGAUGGCCAAGGUGGUGUUUGGACUGGCGGUGCACUCGAGUCUGAAUCGGCUCAACGACGAGCACGAGGCGAGCAACGAACGCGUGCGUCGGCUGAGGAUCAACGAGAUCCAGGCGACCAUUGGCCAAUUGCGCUCAGCUAAGCCCAGCUGGCGAUACCUCGACGCGCCCGGAGACUUUCUCGUCGCCAUCUCUGCACCACAGGAUGGUGCUGGCACUGAUUUGUGA